GAAAUAUAUGUACUAUUUUCUACUAUAAAUGUAAUAUUUAAUACAUUUGUAGUAGGAAAUGAAUUUAAGAAUAGAAUCUAAUGGAACAUAAUUUGAAUUUACGUGUUACUCAGUUUAUUCCGUUACUUGGAAAUGAUUUUCAAGAUGAAAGAUUGAAUAGUAAUUACAAAAUGGAAGAUUUGUUCUAUUAACAAUAGAAGAUACUAAUAUGAGAGAAUGGAAAAUUAAUAGCGUUGAUUCUUACUUACAAGAAGAAGGGGAAGAAAGCAGAUUUCCAAGAAACUUGGAAAAAAUCACAAUAAAAGAGAGCAACAAAAAGAAAAAAACUGCUGGAUAUCGUUCACUUCUCAUAUUUUCAUUUACCAAGCAACCAAUUAACAAACAUCACCUUUUCAGGUAUUCCUUGAUCCCUGAAUUUUUCUCUAAACCCGGACAUUUGUACCCAGAGUUGGCUGGCUAUGGUAGCAAUGAAAAGACGUUAUCGAAGAAGGCGGUCGAAGAGGGUGAGCCAUGAAGGAACGGUACAGAAGGGAGAGACGAGGCGAACGCAAUCAGAGGGGUUGAUAAUACGAGCAAGCCGAUAGGAACCGACCCAAGAGCAGCGUAAUGGUGUUGGUAUAUAAGGCACGAGCAGCGAACGUCUGCUUCUGACAGCCCAUUACCACUGUACAAACGCUGGCACAGAGCUUUGGGAGGAUGGCGAAGCUUCUCCUCCCUUCCAACGCUACGUCCCGUCCCUUUCUGCGUCUGUUUCCCUCCUCCAGCCUCCCGUCGCUCUUCUGCCGCUUGUACGACUUGCUCGUCUCGGGGGGAAGAUGCUGGAAACCACCGAAGAACCAGUGGAACUUCCGCUAUGAUUUCGUCGAACACGGGAAUCGCGGUCUCUUCUACUAGAAGAGGCUGUUGUCUGCGGCUUUUGGAAUGUUUAGGAAGCCUUAGGAGGGGUGAGAUUGUUGCCUGAUGGAUUUGGAAAUCAAUGAUCAGGCGCGAAGCGACCGUCAAUUUGACGAAAGACAGUCAGAUCUUCAUCCAGAAAGAAGAAAGGAGAACCCACCGAGCUAAAUUGAAUCGAACGGACGUCCGUCUCUGCGUUCAGGCCGUGUUCGUGCCUCCUCGACACCGUCUUUCAUAUUCUGUCUUCACUGACACCGAAACCGAGGCUCUUCCAUUUUUCGCAACGCUCUGUCGCGACGAACGGAUACCUUUUAUGCCAAUCAACGGGGGCCCUCCAUCGCCGAAGGUGAACGCCGAUAACCGGCGCCGAGAAAUCGACGUUUCCGCUCGACAGCUUCAACGCGUGCGGACCAUCGCGCGGAUUGGUGAAUUUCACCAGAGGAUGUUUCAACGCGCCCGACGAUGACUUUUUCAGGCCGGAGAGGCGGAGGGAUUGCCCGUUAAGAUUGAUUUGACAACAAGCGGAGAGAGAAGGAUCCAAGGAUUAUAAAGCGGAGAAUCGAAGAUUACAAAUUGCACGAGAAUCAAUGUGAAACCAUAGUUUGGGAAGAGUCACACUCGGGACAGAAAUGUAA